GUUGCAGCUGCAGAGAGAGAGAGAGAGAGAAAUCGUAUGUGUCUUUCUGUCGUAUGCAAAUAAGAUUUGAAUGCACGGUGCCUUUGGGUAAAGCAUUAACAAAAAACAACAACAGCAACAAAAACAACUUGUGUUUAAUGUGAUGCACACACUCCGAGCAUCCGCGUGCAAACUGUGCGUAAUUUUUUUUUCAGCAUGACCUUAUCAUCCCUUUAUUCGGUUAGUUUGUGUCAAUUGCGCGUGAAAACAUUGUGAAAUAUUAAAAACAAUCCCAUUUCCAAAAAGCCAAUUUCUGCCUGGUCCUCCUGUGCAUGAGGGCUGGACAGAGCUGACGCACACACACAGCCAUAGUAACAUUAUCAUUUCGGGUCUUGCUCCAGCUCCCCCCCGCCAAACUGGAUCGUGACGCAUGACGCUUUGGGGAGGCGCGGCGCACAUCCCCUAUAUAAUCCCAGCCCGCUGCUACUCUCGCCUCAGAGAAGCCAACAAGGUUAGACCCCUCGCAUCACUGAGGGGAAAAAAAGGAUUUUAAAAAAGCAAACCGUCACCACCUCUUGACCGCGACACCGUGCUACCUCUUGGGUGCAACAGCUUGCAAGCAUGAUUAAGAAAAUGCCGCCUGCAGAGAACGGGUUCGACAUACCGGCCAAGAACUGCCACAGGAUGGUGAUCCUGGGCUCCACCAAAGUUGGGAAGACGGCCAUCAUCUCUCGGUUUCUGAACGAGAGGUUCGAAGACCAGUACACGCCCACCAUUGAGGACUUUCAUAGGAAAUUCUACAGCAUCAGGGGAGACGUUUACCAGCUGGACAUUUUGGACACAUCUGGAAAUCACCCCUUUCCUGCGAUGAGGAGGCUUUCAAUACUAACCGGUGAUGUGUUCAUCCUGGUGUUCAGUCUGGAUAACAGAGACUCCUUCCAGGAGGUGCAGCGCCUCAAGCGCCAAAUCUACGAGACCAAGUCCUGCCUGAGGGACAAAACCAAGGAGAACGUGGACGUCCCGCUGGUCAUCUGCGGCAACAAGUGCGACAGGGACUUUUACCGGGAGGUGCAGGAGGAGGAGAUCGAGCAGCUGGUCGGUGGAGACGAGCACUGCGCCUACUUCGAGAUCUCGGCGAAGAAGAACACCAACGUGGACCAGAUGUUUCAGACUCUCUUCACCAUGGCCAAGCUGCCCGACGAGAUGAGCCCCGACCGGCACUGCAAGGUGUCGGUGCAGUACUGCGAGGUGCUCCACAGAAAGUCCUUCAGGAGCAAGAAGUGCAAAGACGGCAACGCGUACGGGAUUGUGGCGCCGUUUGCGCGCAGACCCAGCGUGCACAGUGACUUGAUGUACAUAAAGGAGAAAGCCGUAGGAGGCAGCCAGACCAAAGAGAAAGGCUGUGUCAUAUGCUGACACUUUCUCUGCCUGCGUGUGUGAAGACUUUCUGAGACUUUUCCCCCCCAGAGCUGAGGAGGAGAUCGGCCCCUCGGCGCACAGUGGCGCAUGAGCCCAUCACUGUAGACUUGAGCCUCUCAGGGCCACAGAGACACACGGGAGAAGUUGGUCACUUCUGAUGCUGUAAUGCUGUAAAAUCUGCCUCUAGAGAAAAAAGAAAUGUUUACAUUCAGCUAUUUUUGUUUUUUUCUUUUUUCCAAAACUUGCUGGAACUUGAAUGUCUGUUGCAUUAUGAUCAAAGUUGACUCUGAAAAUGUAUUUAUUAGGUCUGAAUAGACUUUUUGUAUAAAAGAGAGAAUAAAACCACUUGUUACUUUCA